AUGUAUAGUACACCAACAAAGGCCAUAGACGCAGCUCUUAAUAAGCUUCCACUGCAUCAAUACGUGCAAAUGGAAGCCAAAAAGAGUGCACUAAGGCUGCGAAGAAACAAUAAUUUUCUUGAAGGCAAUCUUUUUGGGCAUCUGAGUAUACUGAAAGAUUUCUUCAUGAAUCCAUUAGUAGCAAUGAAUGAAGACUGGAUGGAAAAAAGCCUAAACCUAGACAUACCGUACCAAGUGGUUGAAAUGGACCGUCGAACUUGGGAGAUAGGAGGCUCAAAUAUUCUACCAGGAUCAAUUAAUUUCUACACAGAUGGAUCAAAAAUGAACGAUAGCACUGGAGCUGGAGUGACUGGUCCUGGGCUUGAUGUCUCGAUACCAAUGGGAAGAUGGACAACUGUUUUCCUUGCAGAAAUAUAUGCCAUCUUAGAGUGUGCAUCUUGUAACGAUGCAUCGGCAAUGCCACCGUUCAAAAUCAGUAGUGAUCCCAGAGGCGAUUGGCUUAAAUGGAAAAGAGCGUUUGAGAGGUUUCUCAAAGCUAAUUCGAUUCAAGAAGAUACGGAAAAAUAUGAUCUCUUACUGGUGCUGGGUGGCCUUGAGCUACAAUCUUACUAUGAUAAAGUGUUCAGAUGGGAAGUGCAAACACCCGCAGUUGAUGGUAGUGGAGAACUUGUGCUAGUCAAAUAUGAUUCAGGAAUUAUGUCGCUUGAGAAAUAUUUUGCGCCACAAUCAAAAAAACGUUUCGAAAGACACCUCCUGCGAGCAAUGAAGCAAGAAGAGCUGGAGCCUUUUGAAGAAUAUGUGUUCAGGGUGCAGGAUCAAGCAAAUCGGUGUGCUUUCACUGAUAUCGACGACAUGAUUGUGGAUCAGAUAAUCGAAGGAUGCAAAUCAUCUGACCUGAGGAAACGUCUGCUGACAGAGGAUACAACAUUACGCGAUUUGAUUACUCUCGGCAAAACCCUCGAAGAAGUGCAGAGGCAAACCAGGCAAUACGAGAGACAUCCAACAACGAUAUGUGAAAUGCCGAUUGUCCAACGAAUAACAGACCAGAAAUCGAGAGCUCCAAACAGUGAUCAGAAAAGUUCUAAGAAGUGCUAUAACUGUAAUAGAUAUGGCCAUUUUGCCAGAGAAACGGAGAAAUGUGCGGCCAGGGACUUUGCUUGUUUUAAUUGCGGUACUAAGGGCCAUUUUAAAGUGUGCUGUCGUAAAAGGAAGAAAAACGAAACUGAUUUCCACAAACCAUCGGCUCAACCCAAACGAGUGCUCGCUAUUACAGAGAAUCACGAGAAUAACAAAGCGGUGUUUUUCGUUGAGGAUAAAGAACUUAACGAAGUGCUUCAUAUGAAAAUUGGAGGAGUUGAGGUGGCUUUGUUAAUUGAUUCGGGGUCGCCGGCAAAUAUAAUCAACGCUCAAACCUUUGAGUUUAUCAAGAAUAACAAAGCACAUAUCUUGAAUGAAAGGAUUCCCGAUCGUGAUGAUAUGAGACUAAAACCUUUCGCUUCUGACGAAAAUAUUGCGUUCAGCCAUGUUUUCGAGGCGGAAAUCAUGAUACCAGGAGCUGACUCAGGGAUUUGGUCACACAUUCUUGUUGCUCCUCUAGGUCAAACGAAUCUGCUUAGUAAAAGCACAGCAUUUGCAUUGGGAGUGCUCAAAAUCGGUUAUAACAUAAACCAAAUAAGCCAAGAAAAUCCCGUCGAUAAUCUUUCGGAAUUUCCAAAGGUACCGAACGUGACACUGAAAAUACAGGUUGAUGGAAACGUUCAGCCAAUUGCACAAGCUGCCCGGAGAUUCCCCAUCGCAAUGGAGGCAGAUGUCGAAACCGAAAUUCAAGAACUUCUUCAAAAGAACAUCAUCGAACGAGCCGAGGGCCCAUUGACGUGGGUUUCACCUUUGGUACCAAUCCGGAAAAGCAACGGACGGCUUCGCAUGUGCGUGGAUAUGAGAGCGGUAAAUAGGGCUGUACGACGAGAGAACUACCCAAUACCAAAUAUUGACGCGGCGAUAGCGUCCGUUCGAAAAGUAUCAAAACUGUCGAAAAUUGAUUUGGAAACGGCGUAUUAUCAUUUCGAACUGGAUCGGGAGAGCCGAAACGUUACCACAUUUGUCGCAAGAAGCGGGGUAUACAGAUUUUGCCGACUUAUGUUUGGUAUAAAGUCGGCUCCCGAACUAUUCCAAAGGGAGAUGGAAAAUCUUUUUAGAGGUAUUAAUGGAUUGAUAGUAUACAUGGAUGAUCUACUGAUCUACGGAGCAACUGAUGAGGAACAUGACCAAACACUAAAAGAAGUUCUGGAUCGUUUACAACAGAUGAACAUGAAGGUCAACGAGCAAAAAUCUCAGUUUGGAGUAAGAGAAGUAAUUUUUCUGGGUCAUCACGUUUCAACAGAGGUCAUCAGACCUACGGACGAGAAAAUCAGAGCAAUUCUGGAUUUACAACCUCCCAGCUCAAUGACAGAACUGAGAUCUCUUUUAGGGUUGAUCAACUUUGUCGGAAAAUUUGUUCCCAACCUAGCUUCGAUUACCCGUCACAUGCGAUCCUUGCUGCUGAAAGAGAGUUCUUUUGUAUUGUCCCAGGUGCUAGAGAUUUCUGAAGCGGAACCAGAUGUUAUUGCGUGGCUAGCAGAAGAAGUGCGGCCAUGUGCUAUAAGUGUGGAAGAGCUGGAAGAAGCCUCAAUUGUAGACGAAGAGCUCCAGAAGGUCAAAGCAGCGAUAUACUCGGCGGAUUGGGAAGAGGUUUCAAGGGAAUACAAAACCGCGACUAUCAAGGAGGACUUGUCUUUGUUCGGAGAGCUGAUUCUACGGGGUGACAGAAUAGUUGUACCAAAAGCGUUGAGAGAGUGA